AUGCAUGAUUUAAAGCCUCUCCAAGAUGAUCAAAAGAUCAUCACAUCCGAGAAGCUGAAAAUAGACCGCGAGCGAGACAAAACUCGCGGAGAAGAGCUCUUGCGUGCAAUUUACCUGGCGCAGAAAAAUAAGAUCCAAAUUACCAGGGCUUGUCUACAGUUUACUGGGAAGAUGUUAAAGUUGGUGGAAAAGUUGGAGGAGAGCAUUGAAAGUUUGGAGGUCAUGAAUAAAAGGCAGAGUGUACUUAUUAGUGGACUAGAAGAUGAAAUUAAGUGA